CAUAACAAGAGUCGUCACAGUUGUAACAAGUAAAGGAACAAACGUUACUAGGCCCAUAGUAAAACUUUGUAUUCUACCCAAGAUAGGUUAAAAUUUAGUAAUUUUAAGGUGGCAGAAUGUUGGAAAUUCGAACGAGUGACGUUUAACGCCAUCUAGGGAUAGGCAGUAGAAGUAGACUAUUCGAAAUUUGGUCACAAGGGCUAGGGGAAGGAUUGUUGGGCAUCGCUAGUGGAGCACUAUGACUGGCAGGACUACACAUGGAGAAAAUAUACAAGAAUGAGUAGCGAGAAAACCAGCAAAAGGCUUUGGAGUGGAAUUCUUUCUCAUACUGAGAACUGUCCAGCUGUGAAAUCUUUAAAAGGUCCUUGGCGGGUAGCCUAUUAAAGACACUUUUCAGCGCUCCCCGACAAGUUCUCGAGCCUUAACGGUAUUUUUGGCUCCCUUCUCACCUUUCCCCCAAAACUGAUCCACCAGCCAGUUUUACCUCCCUUUCCCUUCCUCCUUUCCUCACAAUUCCCGGAGUAGGCCGUACCCUACAAUGAUGAUCGAUCAAACUUACUGUGAAUGGAAGGCACUUUAUACACAGAAGGACGGUAGGAAGGACUGAACGGAAGAAGAACAAUCAAUGUUGAUUGCUGGCAAGCCGCCGGUAACGUAAUGACCGAUUUUGAACCCGUGAUCGAGCAGGGUCAGUAAUAGCGCACGAUCCCGGCAUACGAUAUGCAUGCAUUCUCCGAAAUUUGAAUGUGUGCAUACCUCAAACAUGUAAACCUUGAGUACCACAUCAACUGUCAGAUGUAAAACGUCAAGAGAAUAAAGCGCCAAUGUCGAUUGAAAAGCCGAACCAGAAACAUCUUGCGAUUCUUUCGCCUUCCGUAACCUAAAAGUAAGUAGUCUACAAUUCAGAAGUGGGAUACGAAGCCAAAAGUGUAUAAAGAUGCUGACGAAAGAACAGCUUUUAUGUGCCUUGGAGGUAGCAAACAUCGAAUUUCCCGCAACGGCAACCAUAGCACAGCUGCGCAAGAUGUAGGAUCAACAUGUGUGUGUGACGGAACCAAUGCAGCGUUCUCAGGAUCCGUGUAGUGACAACGCUAUAGUUCCGAACAGUGAAAACAACGAGGAAGCAGCCGCUGCUAUAAAUGGUAACCAUUGCGACGCCGGUUUUCAACGAUGAGAAGCAGAAAAGAAACCUUCUCCGAAACCGCGUGGUGAUCAUAAUUGCGAGCAACGGAGAGCAUGAGGCAGCAGCCGACGUUUUGAUGCAAGACAAAGGGCUUCCUUUCAAAGAUGGCACCCAAUGUGACGCCGAGUUUCAUCGAUGGCAAUUGUAUGCGUUACAAGAAAAGAUAAAGGAUAUGGAACAGCGGCAGGCGAAUACGAGUGGCAGACUGGUUCAUGCUGAAGAACUUAAAUAUCUAAUACCAGAGUUUUCUGAUGGGCUUGGUAUCAACCAGUGAAUUAGCACAAUUCGUUACAACAGCGAAUUAUAUGAAUGGCAAGAUCGUACGAUGCUAUCGUAUGCAAGUAGCCGAUUGACAGGAGCGGCCAGUGAAUGGUAUAAUGGGUUCCGCAACACGCUGAAAACAUUCGAUGAUUUUGCAAAUGGAAUCACAAAAGCGUUUCCUGAUCGUUGCAAUGAGGCGGUGAUCCAUAACCAAUUAGCUUCAGUCAACAAGAAAUCUACCGAAUCGUACACAAGCUAUGUCUUCAGGGUGAAUGCAUUGGGAAAGUCCGGCAACGUGAGUGAGGAGGCUAUAAUUACUUACGCCAUAAGAGGACUAUCACAUGAUCCUCUCUACGAAAGCCUUGUGGCGAAGGACUAUCGUGACAGCUACGAAUUGAUCGACAACAUUAAACGGUGUGAAACACAUUUGCUGAUGCGCAAAAAUCUCGAACGACGCAGCGUGCCUUCACAGAGCACUCAUACUCCGAGAUUCAGUGUAAAUAGACAAACGGUAACGGAACCUCCACGAUGUUACAACUGCUCAGAUUUUGGACAUCAUUCAUCACAAUGUACUAAGCCGCGCCGAGCUCCGGGUUCCUGUUUUAAAUGGGGCAGUACAUCUCAUAUCAUCCUUGCAUGUCCCGAAGCAGGGCGACGUCCACUCGUGGUAGCUGCAGUUCACGACAACGAAUACGAGACAUCUGACGUUAUCCUUCAGCUUGAUGCUCACCAAGAGCAACAAAAUUAAGUUCUCUCCAAUUCCGAGGAAUAGGCAACAUAAAUCUUCAAAAACUUGGGACAAUAAGAUUACGAGUACAAUUCCGCGAUAAAAUUAUUAUCCAUAACUUCAUUAUAUUACCGAAAAAUUACAUGUCCUUUACGAUGAGCAUUGGAAGAGAUUUAUUAUCUGAAUUUAAAAUUGUCCUUGCACAAUUGUGUAAAAAAUAUAGCGAAUCUGAAGUUAUGAACAUAAACAGAGAUAAACUUAUUGAUUCUGCCAAACCGGUAGUUGUGAACAGGCUUGAACCAUUGGGUCUUAUAAGGAGUUCGAUCAAAAAUCCCUUUUUGCAAUUUAAUCCAAAUUCCGUUUUGUCCGAUCCAAAAACUGAGAAAAAUUCGAUAUCAGAUCAAUCAGAACAAGAAGAACAAGUUACUGUUACAUUUUCCGAAAUGUGCUCCAUAGAAAUCAGCGAUGAAUCUAAUACAAUUAAUGUUGGGAACCAAUUAUCUCAAGAACAAAACGAUGCUCUGAAUGCAACAGUGGCUGCUAGUUACAAAAAUUGGCCUAAGAAACAAAUCACUACGUCUGUUAAUAAAAUGCGAAUCAGUUUAACGCAUGACACUCCUAUUUUCAUAAAACCUAGGCGCCUUUCAUUUGCCGAAAGGAACAAAGAAAAGAAAUAGUGAGAGAUCUAUUAGAGCGAAAUAUUAUAAGACCCAGCAAUUCACUAUACGCUUCUGCGCUUGUACUAGUUAGAAAGAAGAAUGGUGAAAUUCGUAAAUGCGUUGAAUACCGACCACUUAAUAAAGUAACCAUCCGUGAUCAUCACCCCCUCCCAUUAACAGAGUCGUGCCUGGAGCAUUUGAGAAACAAAAAAUAUUUUACUUUACUAGACCUAAAGAAUGGCUUCCAAAUUCCAGUUGAAUUUAAGCGUUUCAUAAACACAAUUUUAAGGAAAUUCAUUGAGUCUGAAAAAUUAGUGGGCUAUAUUGACGACAAUGCUUCUAUAAAUUUUGACAAACAUCUUCAGUUAGUGGGAGAAGUUUUACGCACUUUACGCGAAAAUGGAUAAAAUUACGACUUGAUAAAUGUAAAUUUGCUUAUAGUGAAUUGGAUUAUUUGGGGUAUAAAGCCUGUUUAUCAGGCAUAUACAUGUUAAAGCCAUACAAAAAAACCCAGUACCUCAAAACGGAAACAACUUCAAAAAUAUCUAGGUCUGUUUUCGUUUUUUCGUAGAUUUGUUCCCUAUUUUUCUAGUAUUGCAAAGCCAUUGACUAAUCUUCUUAAAAAUAAUGCUUCCUACAUUUUUGAUGAAGAAAGCAAAAAAACAUUUAAAACACUCAUAGUUGGUAGAAUCUCCGGUCUUUUCUAUAUAUGACCCAAAACGUGAAACGGAGCUUCAUUACGAUGCAAGCUCUCUGGCUUUCGGAUUCGUACUUUUGCAAAAACAGGAUGACGGUAGAUUUCAUCCUAUUUCAUACUUCUCCAAAACCACCUCUGCUGAUGAGGCUAAGUUACAUAGUUGCGAACUUGAAACGUUAACCGUCAUUUACGCUCUGAAGCGUUUCCAUGCUUAUGUACACGGUAUUCCAAAAAAGAUCGUAACACAUUGUAAUUCUCUUGUGGAAACUUUAAAAAAAGGAACGCAUCUACUAAAAUAGCUUGCUGGCCUCUCUUUUUGGAGGAUUAUGAUUAUGUUAUUCAACAUCGCCCUGAUUUAUCAAUGAGUCAUGUAGAUGCGCUAAGCCAAUUAGACCUCAAGCUGCUGCUGUGGAUGAUGUUGAUAUCGAUUUUCAACUACGUGUGGCUCAGGCAAGGGAUCCAUUCAUAAAAGCCUUAAUCAAAGAACUGGAGGUAACUGAUGUUGAAGGUUAUGAACUACAGGAUGGCGUUGUAUACAAACGUUCACCUGCAAAUAGGUUCAAAUUAUACGUACCUGCAGAGAUGAUAAUCAACCUGAUGAGAUAAAUUCACGAAAAUAUUGGACAUCUAGGAGUUGAAAAAUGUUGUACACAAAUUGAUCAUAAUUAUUGGUUUCCUAACAGAAAAACCCAAAUAACGAAUGUUAUAAAAAAUGGCCUAUAAUGUGUUUUCAAUUCUGCUCCACCUAGAACCAACAAUCGAAACCUUCAUAGCAUCCACAAGGAACUUUAUCCCUUUGACACAUUACAUAUCGACCAUUUCGGACCUCUCCCUACGUCAUCUUUGAAGAGGAAAUAUUUACUGGUGGUUGGUGGAUGCAUUUACGAAAUUUGUCAAACUAUAUCCGACAUCUUUUACGAGCACUAGAGAGGUAUGCAAUGCACUGAAACAAUAUUUUGCAUACUACAGCCGCCCAAAAAGAAUAAUCAGUGACCGUGGCUCAUGCUUUACAUCAGUUGCAUUUUGAAACUUUCUUUCGUCCCGCGGAAUUAAUCAUGUUUUGAAUGCUACUGCAUCGCCUCAGGCCAAUGGUUAAGUAGAAAGAAUUAAUCGCAUUAUACGCCCCAUAUUGAGCAAAUUGUCAAACUCUGCUGAUCAAGCAGAUUGGGUUUCUCAAAUAUUAUCGACAGAAUACGCACUUAACAACACUAUUCAAUCCUCAACACGUUUUUCUCCUUGUGUACUACUAUUUGGUGUAAAUCAACGAGACCAUAAUGUGGAUGAUUUAACCGAAUAUCUGGAUGAUAAAAACAAGACACUACCAGAUUUAGAAACAAUACGAGCAGAAGCUUCAGCAAACAUUUUAAAAUCUCAGAAAACAAACGAACAACAGCAUGCGAAAUACCAUCGUCCAGCACCGCUGUUUGACGAAGGAGAGUUUGUGGUUAUCAAAAACAUAGAUAAUAAUGUUAAUUCAAACAAAAAACUCAUUCCUAGAGAUAAAGGUCCAUACGUUAUUCAUAAACGGUUAUCAAACGACAGAUACUUUAUUCGUGAUAUUGACGGAAUUCAAAUUACUAAAAAACCUUAUGAUGGAGUGUUAGAAGCGGACAAGUUAAGGAAAUGGAUUGUGCCUCUUCAGGGUGACUGAUCACACUUCACCCUUAAAAGCCACAAUAGGUCAUAUAGAGUAAAAACAAAAUUGAGGUCUAUUUCUCAUCAGGAUGGCCGAGCUGUAGAAAGUUGAAAUUUGAAUGAGUGCAUACCUCAAACAUGUAAACCUUGAGUACCACAUCAACUUUCAGAUGUAAAACAUCAAGAGAAUAAAGCGCCAUUCCACGGCCAUCUUCCUAACAGAAAGGACGCCAAGCUCCAAACCAUUACUAACGAAUAAUUUAAAGUGACUAAAAACUAAAGACAAACAAACAACCGACCAAAAGGACAGAACAUAGAUGGACGAAACAAACGACCAGAGUUUUAUUGAGGUAAGGAAAAAAAGUGGAAAAAGCCGAACACAAGCAUGACACCUAAGCAUGGGGGGGGGGGAAUCCCCCGGGGGAGGUAGGAGCUUCGGCUCAUAUUAUAACAUAUUAGACAAAGAUAGGACAACAAACUAAAAAAACGAAAAAAACAAGGCUAAAUUUCAACGAUAUAUCAGGAAACGAAGACACAUACAUGAUAGUGGAAAGCACAACACAAGGGAAAACGCUAGCUACCUACAAUCCUUUCCUGUUUGCGAAAGCAUCGGAAAUGGCAAUUGGAGGCAAACCCUUACAAUCGAGGAGAGUUCCUUAGAGACGGAAGGAUAUUAAUUAAAGUCAAAAGCAGUACAGAAGCACAAAAACUACACAGGAUCAACUUGAACCAUGGUGAAAACCAAAUAAGUAUCAAAAUAUACGAACACGAAACCCUUAACUCAUCAAAAGGUAUAAUUAGAUGCGAUGCCUUUAAACACCUAUAAGAAGCAGAAAUAAUAGAAGGUUUAAAGGAACAAAAGGUUGCUGAAGUAACUAUAAUGAAGCGAAAAUUUUUAACGGGGAAAUCGUAAACACCAGAACAGCGAUUGUGACCUUCAAAACAACUAACCUCUCUAGAGCUAUAGAUAUUGGUUAUUACCGUGAAAGAGUCGAACAAUACAUCCCGAUGCCAAUGCGUUGUAUGAACUGCAUGAAAUUCGGACAUACGAAAAAAAGAUGCAACCGCGAAAAAAUAUGUGCGAAAUGCGGAGAGUCAUACCACGAGGAAUGCCAUAACACGGUCAAAUGUGCUGAAUGUGGAGAAGAGCACUCUGCUCUAGAUAAGAAAUGCCCUAUCUUCAUCGAUGAAUAUGAAAUUAAAAAAAUACAAACAAUUAAAAGAAUCACAAUGCGAGAGGCAAGACAAAUUAGACGAGAAACCACACCAAUGAUACCAAGAAAAUAUACGAACAGACAAUACGCCAGUGUAACAAAAGACAACUCACAAAAUUACAACAAUAUAAGAAACACAGAAAAAA